ACGGAGGAAGUGGGCGGCGUCCGCAAGUACCGAAGUCUGCUCCAUGGCGGUGGCGUGGGAAUGCGCGGCCGCAGGGCUGCGGCUGCUCGCGCUGCUGUCGCUGCUGUCUCUGGAGCUGGCGGCGGGCGCCCGGUGGAGCGGGGAGGGUACGAGCCCGCAGCUGCGGAGCAUCUUCCUGGGGCGCUGCGCCGAGUACAUCACGCUGCUGAGCCCGCAGUUGGGGGACAGGAACUGCACAGCCAUCUGGGAAGCCUUUAAAGUGGUGCUGGACAAAGAUCCCUGUUCUGUGCUCCCCUCGGACUAUGACCUUUUCAUUAACCUGUCUAGGCACUCCAUUCCCAGAGACAAGUCCCUGUUCUGGGAAAAUAACCAUCUCCUCGUUACCAGCUAUUCAGAGAAUGCGCGGCGCUUUAUGCCGCUGUGUGAUGUUCUGUAUGGUCGGCUUGGAGAUUUCUUAAGCUGGUGUCGCCAGGAAAAUGCCUCUGAAGACUGUGAAAAUAAUGCUGUGGAUUCCUACUGGAAAAGGGCAUCCAUGCAGUAUUCCAGAGAUAGUUCUGGGGUGAUCUAUGUCAUGUUGAAUGGUUCAGAGUCAAAAGGAGCCUAUCCUGUCAAAGGUUUUUUUGCAGAUUUUGAAAUUCCAUACCUGCAGAAGGAUAAAGUCACACAAAUUGAAAUCUGGGUCAUGCAUGAUAUUGAGGGACCUAAUGUGGAGUCCUGUGGUGAGGGCAGCGUGAAGAUCCUGGAGGAGAGAUUGAAGGCCAUGGGGUUCCAGUACCGCUGUGUUAAUGACCACCACCCAGUGAAGCUCUUGAUGUGUGUGGACCACAGCGCUCACCCCGACUGUGCCAUGAGUUCACGCUCUCUCUGUGUAAUUCAUGCUGGCCUCGGGCUCAUCACCAUCUUUCUGCCUCAGUAUCCUGAGCGCUGGGAUUGUGGGCAGUACCCCCAAGCCUGGCAAGUUAUCCUUACACUAAUCAUUUGAAAGCAGAACUAGUGAAUCUGGACUGUGAGAAACUGAACCAGAAGUGUAAUUAUAGAAAAUUUCCAGAAGGGGGAGCCCUAACACAAAUUGGAAGGCAAGGUUCUUUCUGCCGGCAAAGGGGCCAGCAAUGUUCAAAUAGGAAAUUUCUUAAGGCCACUCUUCUGGUGCCAUCAGAUUUAUUUUCCAUCCAACACUAGGUAGUUUCAGGAUUUCUAAAAUUCAUGUUUUAAUUGAUUUUACAGAAUUCAUAAUUUCUGUUUUCAAAAAUCCAGAGGUCAGCUGCUAUGAACAGGAUUGACUUUGGUAUGAACAGCAUUGACUUUUGACCAUCCAAGAAGUGGGCUAGGUGAAGGAAGCAAACUGCAGAUUCCCCGUGCUGAGAAAGAAAGGGAGAGAAAGAGAAAGAGAAAGAGAAAGAGAGAGAGAGAGAGAGAGAGAGAAAGAAAGAGAGACAGACAGACAGAGAGACAGAGACAGAGAGACAGAGAGACAGAGACAGACAGAGAGAGACAGAAAGACAGACACAGCAAGACAGAGAGACAGAGAUAGGGUGGCUGGCUGUGUCUGUCUGUCUGCUUCCUGGAAGAACAACCCAAAUUACCAGUGGUGAUUCUCUCUGGGAAGGAGGAAUGCAGAUCCUGAGAGACCUAGUUUUCCCUUUAUACCUGUCUGCCCUAGUUAACAUUUUCUGGAAGGUGCAUGUGUAUUGUGGAAAGCAGGGGUCUCAAGGCAAGCAGGACUGAUGUCUUUUGUUUCACUGUUAAUUUUCAGGUCAGCAGCACUGACUGGAGGGGGAGCCGCAUUUCAAGUUCCUGAACAGAGCACCACCCUGGUCCUGCUUCUGUCAGUGGCUGUGGCCUGGGGUUUUCCAGAGUGAGGAGAAGCUCCUCUCUGCUGUUUGAACAGCUGUGGCCACGCCUACCUGCCCUGGGUCUUCUUUCAUUCUGCAUCAGGUCCUGCCACUUGGUUCUCUUCUCUGAAGAUGUUUCUUCCUGAGGAAAUGUCGUUUUUCAGUGAGGUUCAUGCUCAGGACUCCAGAAACAAGAAACUAAUCCCAUCCCUUUUAGCAGGUUAAAUCUGCUGCCUUGAAAAUAAAGCAAUUUUUGAUUCCUUUAUUUUAACAA